AGCUGCUAGGUAAGAGAUUAAAGUCUAGGACCUCCAUGUAGCAUUCUCAUUCCAGUUCCAUGAGCAGGGCCAGUUAGACAGCAGAACUGCUGAAACUCAAUGCAUGGAUGAGACAAUGGUAUUGUGAAGAGGGAUUUGGCACAGGUGGUGUUCUCAUUGACCCUUCCAGUCAGGGGUAGGCCCCAGGCACAGACAAACACAUAUUGGAGGUGAAUGCAUGGACUGUGUUGCCAGGAGAGCUUUGGAUUCCUCGACCAUUGGAUGCUGUUCCAAGAAGAAGGACUGCUGAGCAGUGAUGGGGUUCUUUUAUCAAGGAAGGGGAAGAGUAUCUUCACAUACAGAUUGGCUAAUCUAGCUGUAAACUGGGCUUGAUGGGUGCAGGAGACAAAAGCCAGAGCCCUGCCUGCUUAGUUACAUGGACUGUUGCUAAUGAAAGGGGAAUGUGGCUCGCUCUGUCUACUCAGCAUACCGGAGUUGAGCUUCCUGAGUCAGACGCUGCUGCUGAGUGCCUCCGUUGCGACCCGGAAGGAAGCCUGGACUGAUCAGCUCAGCUGCUGCCCAGACCCCCCUCUGUGCCCAGCUGGGGAGGCCCCUGGGGCAGCCCCGAGCUAUGCCGACACCAGCCCCUGAGCCGGAGCCUGCAGAACUUAAAGCAUAUGCAGGGAGAGAGACUGGGGGAAGUGGGGUAUGAAAAGAACCAAAGCCCUUUCUGAAACCUCCCCAAUCGCCCUUCUCACCCUGACAGGCUGCAGAAUAACAUCCGUGUUGUGCUCCACAUCACUUAAUUCUGCCAGGGGAAGGGAAAUGGCUGCAGUGGAGCUGGAACAGGAACUUGUGACCUUCAGAGAGGUGGCUGUGUAUUUCUCCAAGGAGGAAUGGGCUCUUCUGGACCCUGGUCAGAAAGCCCUCUACAGGGACGUCAUGCAGGACAAUUAUGAGACACUGAUCUCACUGGGAUUUGUGACUCCUAAACCUGACUUGAUCUCACACCUAGAACGAGGAGAGGUGUCAUGGGUCCUGGAUCUCCCGGGCUCUGAGAAAAGGGACAUGCUGACAGGAACCUACAUAGCAGGUGAUGGGACAGUGAAUAAGAACAAGGAGGAGAAUUCUCAGCAGGAAGGUCCUGAGCAAGUGGUUCCACAGGGGACGGUAUCAGGAAGAUCGGAAGGGGAUGUUUCCGAGACUUCUGAGCAGGGAGAAACCUGUCAGACACAGCUCAGGCCAGAGCGGCUGCAGAGAAACCUCUCUGGGGAGACACAGGGUAAAUCCAGUCACCGUGGGAGAAGUCUCAAAGGCAUCUCAAUCUGUCAGGCGACCCACUUGGGAAAGGGACCAAAGAUACUUGGUGACUCAGGGGAAAGCUACAAUAGCAUUUCACAUGUUAUUAGUCAGCAGAAAAUCGGCAGAGCAGGAAAAUCCAAGAAAUGCACUGACUGUGGAAAAAGUUUUGCUUAUAAAUCGGAACUUGAUAGACACAAUAGAAUCCACACCGGAGAUAAACCCUAUAAAUGCCUCAACUGUGGGAAAAGCUUCACUCUGAGCUCCACCCUGAUAAAACAUCAGAAAACUCACACGGGGGAGAGACCCUAUAAGUGUCCUAACUGUGGGAAAAGCUUCCGUCAGAGUUCGCACCUUGCUAGACAUGAGGGAACCCACAGGGAAGAAAAGCCCUUUAAAUGCCCUGACUGUGCAAAGUGUUUCAGUUGCACCGCAAACCUUCUUACCCAUCAGCGAAUCCAUACGGGAGAGAAGCCCUACAAGUGUCGACACUGUGGGAAAAGCUUCACACACCACUCAUACCUUCUGGGCCAUCAGAGAAUCCAUACAGGAGAAAAACCCUAUAAGUGUCGACACUGUGGGAAAAGCUUCACACACCGCUCAAACCUUAGUACACAUCAGAGAAUCCACACAGGAGAGCGACCUUGCAAACCUAAGGACUGUGGGAAAAGUUUCAACCAUUUCUCCAAUUUGUCCAGGCAUCAGAGAAUCCACACGGGAGAAAAACCCUAUCACUGCCCCAACUGCGGGAAAAGCUUCAGCGUGAAAUCAAACCUCACGACCCAUCAGAGAAUCCACACAGGAGAGAAACCCUAUAAGUGCCCUCACUGUGAUAAAAAGUUCAGCCAGAGCUCAGACCUCACUAAACACCAGCGAAUCCACACGGGGGAGAGACCCUACGGAUGCGAUGCAUGCGGGAAAAGCUUCAGUCGGAGCUCCCGGCUCCUGACACACCAGAGAGUCCACACAGGAGUGAAACCUUAUAAAUGCCCUGAGUGUGGAAAAAGCUUCCGCGUGAGCUCCCAUCUCACUAAGCAUCGACGGACCCACACAGGAGAGAGGCCUUAUCCGUGCUCGGAAUGCGGGAAGAGCUUCAGCCAGAGCUCAGACCUCACUGCCCACCUGAGGACCCACACGGGGCAGAGACCCUACGGAUGCCCUGACUGCGGGAAAAGCUUCCGCCAGAGCUCGCACCUCGUUAGACACCAGAGAACCCACACAGGUGAGAGGCCCUUCAGAUGCACUGAGUGCGGGAAAAGCUUCAGCGUGAGCUCAGAGCUCCUCGCCCACCAGAGAACUCACACGGGCGAGAGACCCUUCACCUGCCCCAACUGUGGGGAGAGCUUCGGCCGGAGCUCCACCCUUGUCCUACACCAGAGAAUCCACAGUCAGGAAAAGCCCUACAAAUGCCCUGACUGCAGUAAAGGCUUUGGCCGUAGGUCACUCCUCAUCCUGCACCAGAGGAUCCACCUGGGGGACAGACCCUACAACUGUGGGGACUGCGGGGAGAGCUUUAUUGAUGGCUCCAACUUUGUGAAACACCAGAGAGCCCAUGUGGGAGAGAAGCCCUACAAAUGCCCCGAGUGCAGAAAAGGCUUUGUGCGCAGCUCAGAUCUCAUUAAACACCAGAGGAUCCACGCCGGGCAUAAGCCAUUCACAUGCACUGAGUGCGGGAAGAGUUUCAGCGAGAGCUCCAACCUGCACAGGCACCGGAGGGCCCAUACGGGUGACCGGCCCUACAAAUGCUCCAACUGUGGGAAGAGCUUCGGCCAGAGCUCUGACCUCAUCAAACACCAACGCACGCACAUGGGUGACCGGCCCUACAAAUGCACCGACUGCGGGAAAAGCUUCAGGCAGAGCUCGGACCUGGUCAAACACCAGAGGAUCCACAAUGGAGAGAAGCCCUACAAAUGCCCGGACUGUGGGAAAAGCUUUAGUGUGAGCUCGAGCCUUGCCUCACACCAGAGAAUCCACGUCGCAGCGAAGCCCUAUGAAUGCCCUGAGUGCGGGCAAAGCUUCAGUGUGAGAUCCACCCUGUCUACGCACCAGAGGAUCCACAGCGGAGAGAAGCCCUUCAAGUGCUCCAAUUGUGGGAAAGGCUUCGGCCGCAGCUCCAACCUGGUCAGGCACCAGCGGAUUCACACCGGAGACAGACCCUACCGGUGCUGGGACUGUGGGAAAAGCUUCACUCAGAGCUCAACCCUUAAUAGACACCGGAGAGUCCACAUGGAAGAGCGGCCUCUCCUGCCUGCUGCAUCAGAGUGAUGGACAAAGCCAAUGAUAUCUUGGACAGCUGGCCAGAGGGUUAUUGGUACUCAGUGCUUGGCCAUACACCCCUCAUGGCUGUGCUCCUGGGCUGGUGUGACUACGAAUGAUGAUAUUAUUAUCCAUAUAAAUGUCUAGCCUUUUCCUGAAUCCUAGUACACAUUCCUCACCUCAGUACUUUCUUGGGUCUUUUCCUGGAGGCCUGAGUUCCCUCAUGCCAGCUGAGGCCUUGUCUACACAGGAAAGUUAAGGUGUGAAUUUAAACUGAUCUAGUUAUCCCUGUUUAACCCCCCAGCCCCACGUGGAAGCUUUUAUUCCGAUAUAAGAGUGGCCUUUUUCCAGUUUAGUUGACAACAUUUAGCCACAGGAAUUAAGCAAACUGAAUACAGGACUCUUAUGCUGGUAUAACUGGUAAAACUUUCCACACACAGAGAAGUCCUGGGGUUCUCUGGUUUCUGGAACUUUGUGGAGUAAGUCCCCUCUCCCACCUUGUGUUCAAACAGUGGAAAUGCAUGGAUGUCUUCUCAGUGAUCUCACAGGCUUCUUCAGAUCAGUUCAAAUCUUAACCCCUUCCUUUCUGCUUUCCCAAACAUCAGCAUUAGUUAGCCAGUGGUGGAAAUGUCUCAGACUUGGCUGAGUUCAUCACUGUACAGCAGCAUCAGCAACUUUCGGUGGUGGAAACAGUGCUGGGGACGGUCCAGUGGUCCACAUUUGUUGUGGGGGGAGGGGAGGAAGUUGAUAGAAAAUGAGCUGAAAGGGGCUGUUCAGAUAAAAUACCCACAACAAACACUGAAAAAGGAUCUAGAUUCUAUUCUCAGUGAUGCUAGGGUGAAUACUGAGUGGCCCCACCAGACUCUGGAGUCACUCUGGAUCAACCCUGGAUAGAAUGGAAUCUGGCCAGAUGGGAUACAUCUGCAAAGUGGGAAAAAUAAAACCCAUGGUGGUGAGUUCACGAGCCCAGGUCUAUAGACUCAGGCUUGCAGGGCUCACACUAGGAAACUAAAAAUAGCUGUGUCGAUGUUCUGGCUUGGGCUGGAGCUUGAGCUCUGAAACCCAGCCCGAGCUGGAAAGUCCACAUGGUAGCAUGAGCCCCACAAGUCCCAGUCUGUAGACCCAGGCUCUGAGAUUCACUGGGAUAUUUUUGCUGUGUAGACAUACCCAUGGCGUUUAAUGGUUUAUUAUCUCCUCUUACUCUCUGCCAAGAACUGUGUUGUUACAGUGGGAGGAUGUGUACUUCACAAAUGUGUGUUUCCCCACUGGUUCCUAUAAGGCUUCCUGUAUUAGUGGUGUUGCUUUCUGGGCAGAUUCAGUGAACCAGGAAAUACAGCAGCAUUUUACCAGAGGAAUGAUUUUUUUUUAGUGCAAAUUAAAAUAUAUUUCUGUGCAGAAUAUCUUGCCCCAAAUCAAGCCGGCAGUCUGGGGGACAUCAGUACAGCCACUGGAGAAGCUGGAGAUGCAUUUGCCAUAAUCCCCAAUAUCAGUUAUUUCACCUCAGUGCUGCUUUGACACUUGUCGUUUUGUUAAACGUCCUUUUUCUUUGAGUGCAUUUGUCAGGGUCCUGGUGUGGUGCUGGUUUUGCUCACAGUUCAUGGAGCCAUGGUCCUCAGCUGCUAUGUAUCAACAUAGAGCUAAGCUGAUUUAUACCAGCUGAGGUUCUGGCCCAAAGAGAGUACAGCUGGUAUGUUUUAAAGAAGCUUAAAAAAAUAUAAAAAUGUUCUAUGAGGUCACAUCCAAGGUACCAAUGCAGCAUUGUUCUCUACUGUAUAUUUAUAAAACAUCAAUGCAAGAGAUGUCCUCUGUGUGUCAUGGAUCCACAGGGUCUGGUUUAUGUCCCAGCCUGUAACCCUGGAGAGUGACCUCGAUAGACUGCCAGGUCUCAAGAAGCCACACAAUUCCACAGGGUGUGGCCCAUGGCCUCCAAGACUGGGCUGGUGGCACCAGCGAUCCCAGUCUCUCUCCAUGGCUCCCUGUAGCAAGUCCAGCAGAGUCAGUCUCCUGUGAGAGGCUUAUCCUGUACUCCUCCAGAGCACAAUGUUUCCUGUAAAGUAUUUGCAGCAACACCAGGAAGCCUUUUCAAAACAAGGUAACAAUUUAUUAGUCAGCUGGCUCACAGAAUCUGAAAGUCCUUAGGUUAGCAUAGAAAGGAAAAGAGGUGAAGACAGAAUUCGGUCUGGCCCACGUCAGGGGCAUCCUAGCUCUUAACACAGCCACCUGGCACUUUUCCCCUUCAAAGUUUGUCUCUCUCACCAACAGAAGUUGGUCUCUCUACUACCUCUCCUCUUUCUUCUCCAGCUCGGAGACCUUCUCUCUGCAGGGAAGCCAAGCAGUGUGGGAAAUUUCCUUCCUCUUGGCUGUUGGUUGCUAGGUGUUACUGUCCCCGCCACUGGGGUUUCCAGGGUCUCUUCCGAUCCACCAUUCACAUGUGUAGACUUUAUUUAGUUUGUUAAUGAUUCUGGUUUCCAGCCAGCCUGCUGAGUUAACAGCUCCUCCCUUUGCUUUACACUCAGGGAUUGUCUACAUUUAAAACGCUGCCAUGUGGCUUGCACCACUGUAGUGCUUCAGUGAAGACACUACCUAUGCUGACGACAGGGUUUCUCCCAUCAGUGUAGGUAUGCUUCCUCCCUGAGAGGCAGUAGCUAGGUGGAUGGGAGAAUUCUGUUUACCUAGCACUGUUUACACACUGGGGGUUGGGUCGGUUUAACUGCGUCGUUCACAGGUGUAGAUUUUCACACAUUCCUUAGUAAUGUAGUUAUACCAUGGCAAUGCAAAGCCCAGAGGGAAACUGAGGCACACUCAGGCAUCAUAAAUAUACUACCAAAGCCCCCACAUUCAUCAUAUUACAGAAGUCAUGUACAGAAGAGCAUGCCCUUUCCCUAACCCCACAGUAAACCCUACUUAGAGAGUGUACUACAGAUGGCAUGUAAGAGCACAGAGUAAAAGUAAAAAAUUGCUGGCCUAUAUAGACCGCCAAAAUUCACACCUCACUGAGCUUCAUAGUUAGUUGUCCUGUUCCCUGAAUUACAUCUAAGGAAGGCUGCACAGUUGGGUGAAAGGAAAACAUACAGUGGAUGGAUUCUAUUAAAAUGAGUGAACUACACCCCAAAGGGAGCAGAGAAGUUGCAUAAAAAAACAAAGGCCAACAUUUUCAGACUUAGACUCAGCGUUUGUAAAGCCAUUCAGGUGCUUAAACUUAAGAGUGGGUUUGCUUUUUACCCUUUUGCUGAAUAGAUUUUGGGAGGAACUUUAUUUUCCAGACCAGAGGCUUGCCUCCCCUGGCUCCAUGCAGCCUAGUUGAGCUGUGUGCCUGGAUACGGUCCUUAAUUUCACCCUUUUUUACUUCCAUGCCUGACUGCUCUUUCCCCUCUGAGACCAUGUUCUCUCUUCCAGGCUGGUUCUACUUUUUAAAGCUUUGUUUAACUUAUUUUGCAACUUUCUACCACCUUCCUCUCCUCUCCCCUCCUCCACCUACCCUUUCAAGCCAGAGCGUAGGAAUCCCUUAUCCAAGGCUAGGUCUCUAACAGGGGCCUUUUGUCUUCUGUGGGGAUUUUUAGCAAAUGACCUUCUCCUGUCCAUGGACAGCUCAUUCUUGUCAUAAGGGGCUCCCUUUGACUCCCUACAAAGUCCCAGGAUAAAGUAAUUUGAGCCAAUUUGGCUAAAAUUAAAGUUAAAAAUUAAAAAUAAAGGGUUAAGGAACCAUUUAUUUGCCUGUUCUGUGCACAUACUCCUACCUACAGCAUCCUGCCACCCAAGCCAUGUGUUAAUCAUGCAACAGGAAGUAGGAGACAGGCUGAUGGCAGGUUUGGAUGGUACUUGAAAAUAGCCAAAUGAAAACAGAACUUGAAAACAAAAUUGUUUCAGCUUGACAGAAACAUUUUAGUUGACUCAAAACGAAAUAAAAAAACAAACCAAAGAUUUCUAGUCAAUCAAAAUGUUUUGGAAGAUUUGAAACAAAAUGUGAUUGAGUAUCUCACUUUGAUGAAAACCAAAAAAUCCGUUCUGCUCUCUGCU